UCACACCUCUUCCCGGAAGUUUGGCCGCCCACUACAAAGAUGGAGGACGACAUCUCGGAUGGGAGCCGACCACAGAUGUAUUUGUUCGGUUGCACCCUGAAAUCCGACAAACGCGAGUUCAGAGUUGACGUAGAGGACGAUGACACGGAGCAGCAGCUGUCACUCAAAGCGGUGUGUCUGGGAGCUGAAGCCGAGGACAAGUUCCACAUGGUGGAAGUGGAGGGCCUCACCUAUGAUGGGAAAACCACCAAAGUGCCACUGGUGGCCCUGAAGCCGUCCGUCCUGCCGUCUAUGAGUUUAGGUGGAUUUGAGAUCACGCCUCCCGUUACCUUCCGUCUCCAGUCCGGCUCUGGACCAGUUCACAUCAGCGGGCAGCACUUUGUUAGUGUGAAGGAUUCCGAGGAUGAGGAAGAGGAGAACAACUCUUCGCCGGUGAAACGACCUGCGGGCCUGAUGUCGGGGAAGAAGCCUCUGUUGAAAAAACUAAAGAUGGAUUCUGAUGACGAUGAUGAAGAAGACAGUGACGAAGAUGACGAUGAUGACGAUGAAGAUGACGACAGUGAUGAUGAUGUUGUGAAGCCUCAGAAAAAAGUGGGAAAGGAGCUUGAAAAGAGUCGAGAGUUUUCGGCAAAGAAGCCCAACAAGACUCCGGUGAAACAGAACGGCCCUGCAGGGAAAGCGUCGGGCUCUGCGGUCAAACCACAGAUUAAGACACCUGCCCCAGGAAAAGACAAACCCCACGCCAGCCCGUCGAAAGCUCCGUCUCUGUCUGACGUCAAGAACAAGUUGUCAACAGCCGCCAAGGAGGGGAAACCUCUACCGAAGACGGAGCAGAAGUUUGAGAAUUUCGUCAAAAGUUCUUUUAAAAUCUCUGAUAAAAAGGUGGUCAAGGACCUCUGGAGUUUUGUACAAACGCUGAAGAUCGAGAAGAAGUAACGAACCCUGACGCAUUCGUAUGUUUCGCAUCCUGCAAGACGUUUAAAGGCACAGUCAGCGAGAUUUCCCACUCAGCCUCAUUGUGUCGUCCCUGUUAACUUUGAAUCGGAGCGAACGGAUGGAACCGAACGCAGGAAACGGGCGACGCUGUUAAUGAUUCAUCGUUGUUUAGAUGCGAAGAACCUCCUGGAGCUCAAUUGUUGUCCCCCCCCACAAACUCACUUGUUCAUGACUUCUACACCUGCCAAUCUGCGCCACCUACAGGAAAGGAGAGGCAUCAUCCAUAAAGACCUGUACAUGUCUGUCUCUUACAGGACAGAAGUAGCUGCUAUGACUAAAUCACUUUUACCACCUGCAGCUUUUUAUAGCAACAAUAAGUGAUAGACAUGUAAAUUAUUUGGCAACAAUGAAGUUUUAAAUUUAAGUAUUUAGAGCCUAAGACUGACAGAACAAACUUUACUUCAUAUGCACCUUUUGAUUUGACCCCUUUUCAAACAUAGUUGUAUGUUUGGUUUGCAACACUGAUUUAAAUGACAGUUUCUUUCCAAAAAUCGAUUUCAAACAAAUUUGACAUGAAAGAUAAUUUGUAUUGGAAUUUGGGGGGAAAAAACUGUUCAUUUCUUUGCCUGCAGGUGGCGACUCUGCCUAUCUGCCUCUUAACUCCCUUCACCGGUCGGUGGUGCAUGUUGCAUUGCGCUGCAGGUGCAGAGUUGUUGUUUCUGCCUCGAUGAACAAUACCGGCUGAGCCUGGUUUCAGGUGCUUUGCAUCCGAGACACCGCGUCUCCUUGUUACGUCAAUAAUGCAAUAGGAGAUAUUGCAGAAUGUGCCUUUAAAUAUCUGUGAUGUAAGCUGAGUCCGAGUCCCAUUCUGCGUGAAUCUGAGGAGUUUGUACAGGAAAGGUUGAGACAAGGGGACAAGUUUCUGUCAUCAGCCAGUGGUUGUAUAUGGUUUUAUGUUUUGUUAUUUUAGAUUCUGUCUGGAUUUACAAAGCAUAAAUCGGUCAGUGAUGUGUUUUUACAAAUUGCAAAUGAAAAGUAUACUGCAACACGCAGUAACUCAAUGUAUAUGUUUUUGGCCUAAAACCCCAAGAUAUGUGUCUGUCCCCCGCCAUGAUAAAGCAAAUCAAUCUCAAAAUAUCUAAAACAAUUCACUUUAAAAAGAUGCAAACUAGAAACCAUGAGAUUGACGCGUCUGCAGCAACGGGUCCAAUUGUAAAUUUGCUACUUUCACAUAUCUUAAGUUUUAUCUGUUGAGCAAACAAGAAAAUAAUCCAUCCUGUGUUUUUUCCAAACCUGAUACUUCUGGACGUGAGCAGUAUUACUCUUUACCUUUUUUAUAUAUACUACGUUUUUACGCUUACGUUCCUGAGUGUCAUCUUAACCUGUAAACGUUACAGAGAGGUUUUCUCGUGAAUGUAAAUUUAUAUCAAGCCCAUUAACAUCCUUCAUAACCUGUGAGGGUAAUAAUUACAGUAAUUACAGCCAAAAAUCAUCUGCGGCAAAAAAAUGCUCCAGAGUAUUAUGAGGCCCUAUAAAACCAACGCAGAUGUCCAGGUUUUUCUUUAAAGUAACAUUACAUUACCUACAAAAGGUCUUUUUUAAAAAAGGCUGUUAACAAGCCCCAGGAGUUUAUUUACGAGUUGGCACCGCUGUCAUUGAUUCGAAGCGUCGUCCAAUUCAUUAAAAACAGAUAGCGAGCCUAUGAUGAGCGUUAUUUAUGACAACGUAAUCAUAAGGUCCAUAUCAGAAAAAAUGACAUCAGCCGCAACACGAUGCUUCGCAGGAUCCUCGUAAAGAACUCCGCCUGGUAAUUGUUUGUUCUCUUGUGUAUCGGCGCUCUGAUGACAACGAGCAGCCGCUGUGCUUAUAAUGUGUUUAUGAUCCUGUAUAAAGCUUUUUAUGAGCCCAACGCUGGCAGGUGGAUCCACAGCCAAUCACGUGACUCGGUUCCACCACCUCGUUUGUUAAUUAGAUAUGAAAUUCCUUAGGUGACAAGUUGAGUACUCCCAAUAAAUUAGAUGGAUUAAAGUCGCCCUGAUAAUUUAGAUGAAUCUGAGUUAGAUUUUAAGUAUCUGUAACGUGGUGUUUGUGGUGAGGUUUCAGUAGAAGCUUGUCAGUCUGAGGAGUUUCCUUCGUCCUGAAUCCUGAAUGAUUUCUCUUUUUUUUUUUUAUACUUUGCUUGUAUCGAACUCAAAGAACUUUUAUUUCUUGCUUUUAUUUACAAGUAUGGCAGCUGAAGAAUUAUGUUUUCUUACGUAUUUGCUUAAUCCGCCCUUUGCUAAUAGCUGGUUUUGCAGCUUGGAUCUGUUGUGCUGGUCUUUAUUUUGAAAUGUUCUGUAGUUUGAAGUGUUUUGUUAUCGUUUCAUUUCAGCGUUUGGUCUUUAGUUCGUCAUCCUUUUGAUUCUGAACUGAAUAAUUGUGAAGCCAGUUCCUAAAUAUGUUCAUGUGAAAUAAAAACAAGAAGAUUGUGA